AUGGUGUGGAGCCAUCGUUUUCCACUGACGAGCUUCAUCGAUCGCAUGGUGAGUGCGGUUCGGAGGGUGAAAACGGUGCAACCCGAUGCAACCGACAGCAAAACCGACCACAUUGUGCAUCCGAAACCAACAGAAGCCCAUACGACCACGUUGCCGAAGGUGGCCAUCUUUACCGUCGAAGGCGAACCGACCGAACAGGAAUGGACUUCGAUCGAUCUGGAGUCGGAAUUCGACAAUUCUAUGCGUGACGAAGGUCAUCCCGAGACAGAUAAUCACUUGGCAAGCGAUCCGCUUCCGCGCCUGGAGCACUAUCGAAUGUCGCAGAAAGCCAUUCGGCGUCCCUCGAUAGGGGAACUGCACGGUGACCUGGACGAGCAGAGUUCGGUGUCGAACGACAAGAAUGACCAGCCGACGGGGGGCGGGGGACACGGAACGCGCUUUGGCUGGAUACAGGGUGUGUUGAUUCCGUGCCUGCUGAACAUUUGGGGCGUAAUGCUGUUUCUGCGGCUCAGCUGGAUUGUGGCGCUGGCGGGUGUUCUGGAGACGCUGCUUAUCAUCGGCCUGUCGUACGUGGUGUGCGUCAUCACGACCCUCUCGCUGUCGGCCAUCUGCACCAAUGGGCAGGUGAAGGGCGGUGGUAUCUACUACCUGAUCUCUCGCUCGCUCGGGCCCGAGUUUGGCGGUGCGGUGGGCAUCGUGCUUGCGUUUGCCAACUCCGUCGCGGCAUCGAUGAACACGAUCGGGUUCUGUAACUCACUGAACCAGCUGCUAGCGAGUUUCGGGGUAAAAAUUGUCGAUGGAGGACUGAACGACGUGCGCAUCGUUGGCACGAUCACGAUCAUCGUGAUGGUGGUGAUCUGCACCGUCGGCAUGGAUUGGGAGAUAAAGGUGCAGAACUUUCUCGUGCUAGCUAUCGUGAUCGCCAUCGGAAACUUUGUCGUCGGGGUGUUCGUCGGCCCCAGGACGGACGAACAGCUCGGGAAGGGUUUCUCGGGGUUGUCGGGCGAUCGGCUGCUGGCUAACCUUGGCCCAGAUUAUCGCUACAGCGAGGGGAUCGAGCAGAACUUCUUCAGCGUAUUUGGUAUCUUCUUCCCGAGCGUGACGGGUGUUCAGGCUGGAGCGAACAUCUGUGGCGAGCUGAAGGAUCCAGCUACAGCCAUACCAAAGGGUACGCUGCUGGCGCUACUCAUAUCCGGUGUGUCUUAUGUGUUGUUUGUGCUGCUUGCCGGUUCCGCAAGUCAUCGCGAUGCCACGGGUAGUCUGGAGGAUCUAGUGAAUGGGACAUUCGUUGACCGUUGCCGGCGAGCGCUGACCACCGACGAACCGUGCCAGUACGGGCUGCACAACGACUACACCGUAAUGCAACUGAUGGCCGUUUCGGGGCUCCUUAUCUACGCUGGUUGUUUCGCGGCCACUCUCUCGACCGCACUGACAAACCUCUUGUCGGUGCCACGGAUCAUUCAGGCGCUUGGAACCGAUCGGCUCUACCCAGGCCUGAUGUUCUUCGCUCGAGGAUACGGCAAACGUCAAGAACCAUACCGGGCGUAUGCGCUGGUGCUCGCUGUUUCCGUCCUAUUCGUACUGCUGGCGAAACUGAAUCUAAUCGCGCCUCUUAUCACCAACUUCUACCUAGCGUCGUAUGCCUUGAUCAACUUCUGCACGUUUCACGCGGCCACGGUGAAACCGAUCGGAUGGCGUCCAACCUUCCGAUUCUACCACCCUUGGGUGAGCCUGUUCGGAACGGUCCUGUGCGUGCUGAUCGCCUUCCUGAUCGACAUCAUCUCGACCGGUGUUACGAUGGUGCUGAUCACGGUACUUCACCUGACCGUGUUUUACCGUAAACCAAACGUUAACUGGGGCUCGACGACACAAGCACAGACGUACAAGUCUGCCCUUUCGGCCGCCUUCCGCCUGCAGUGCGUCGGCGAUCACGUCAAGAACUAUCACCCGUCGGUGCUGGUGUUGGCUGGGAAGGCAUCCGCCCGACCACCGCUUAUCGAUCUGGCACAUCAAAUCACCAAAGGGCAGGCUCUGAUGAUCGUUGGUGACGUAGUGCCGAAUCGUCUUUCCCAUCGACGGCGAGAGCUGAGGGCUGUCGAUAGCCAACGGUUCCUGAGGGAGCGCCAUAUCCGUGCGUUUUACCAGCAGCUCGAUGGGAUCGGAUUUGGUGAGGGCGCGCGAGCGCUCAUUCAGACUGCUGGCGUGGGGAAGCUUGCGCCAAACAUUGCACUGAUCGGGUACAAGUCCGACUGGAUGCGGUGUUCCUUGGUGGACCUACAAACUUACUACAACGUGCUGAAUGACGUUUUCGACAACCGGAUGGCGCUCGCUAUUCUAAGGCUCCCCAAUGGGCUAGACCUUACGCACCUUACUAACGAGCCCGGACCGGAUGACAAUCGCACGAUGAGCGCCAACGAGUCCUUCGCUAGCCUACAGCACUUCACCGGCAAUGUGUCCCCACGAAAGGCAAUGAAGUGGCCGCGCAAGAUUUCAAUCAUGAAUAGCGAGGGCAGCCCGUCGAGAACUAGCCGUGAAAGCGUCCCAUCAGUCUCACGGAGUGGUUCCUGGAUACCGCGCGAGCUGCUCGACCGCUUGCAAGUGUUCCGGCGCAAACAGGCCUCCGGAACCAUCGACGUCUGGUGGCUGUACGACGAUGGUGGGCUGACGAUGCUAAUUCCGCACAUCCUGUCGCUCCGAUCGAAGUGGGCGCUGUGUAAAGUGCGCGUAUUCGCCCUCACCAACAGGCAGAGUGCGCUAGAAGAGGACCGCAAAAAUAUGGCCAACCUUCUUGCGAAACUACGCAUCGAAUACGCCUCGCUUACCAUGUUGCCGAAUGUGGCGAAGCUUCCCCGGCCGGACACGGUCGCCAUGCAUCGACAGUUGUUGAAACAUUUCGAACCAUUCCCGAUGCAGCUCAACCCACCAGAACUGAGCAAUACGGAGCGGGCAGCGAUGGACGUAAAAACUAACCGGCAGCUACGCCUACGCGAAAUGAUCCUGGAACACUCGCCGGAAGCGGCACUGAUCGUUAUGUCGAUGCCCAUGCCUCGAUUGGGAACUGUGUCCGCUCCACUCUACAUGUCCUGGCUGGAGAUGCUUACCAAGGAUAUGCCCCCGAUGCUGCUGGUACGAGGUAACCAAACGUCGGUACUCACGUUUUAUUCGUAAGAAGUGGGGUCCGCGACAGCCGAGCGGUAGCGCCUGUUAGAAAAUCGGCCCAUGAGCGCCGGGGCUUAUCACCUCGACGGCGUGGGUUCGAAUCCCAACCGAGACCGGGCCCUCCUCCCCUCUACGAGAGGACAAACAAGUCUCGUAAGCCCUUAACGGGUAGGCAUGACCAAGAGGUCGUUACGCCAAAAAGUGAAA